AGUAUACCUGUUAGUGUUAGUUCUCGCGUAAAACACCAACAAUGGUAACAUACGGAAUCGCAGCAGCAGUUUGGUUCCUGUCGCUCGUCGGUGAUGCGUCCGCCACCAAUUUCAAGGAAUGCAGAUCAUUUUUCAACAAGAAGGUUGGAUCUCUUCCGUUGAAUGUCACUCUAAGUAACUGCGACAAAUACCCAUGCGAUCUUGCUCGGGACUCAGAAAUUUAUGGCGGUAUGGACUUCAUUUAUGAUAAGGAUUUGAGUGUGCUGAUACCUAAGAUCACCGUCUACUUAGUGGGUUUCCCAAUCAGCUGGCCCAUCAAUCAGAAGGAUGGAUGCGUGAGUCUCACCCUAAACAAGUGUCCCAUCAAGGCGGGCACCAGAGCCAGAUACGAAUACUCGCUCUUUCUAGGCCCUCUAAUCCCUUUGGUCAGUAUCAAGGGUGAUUUUGGUUUAAGCAACCUGUGAUUGAGGCUACGCAUGCACAUGCUUAUAAUAUAUUGCUCCAUGAUAUAGUUUAGGAGCAAUUGG